GGGGCGGGGCCGGCUGAGGCGCUGAGGGGAGUGGCGGGAAGGGCGGUGGCUGCUCGGCCGGGGCUUCGCGCCCUCGGCUGUGUGACAGCCGCACCCGGCCUGCACCAGAAAGGCAGGUCUGGGGGUCGCGAGCGCUCAGCGAAGCUGAAAGUAGCGGUGGUUUGAAAACUCUGGUAUUCGAACCUCAGAGCGGUGCCCGGCUGUUGGCACCACAGCUGCCAGCGGUGCCAUAGCGAGGCGCUCCGCCGCCCUUCUGCGCGCAGAGAGCCGCGAAACCGGGCUCAGCUUCCAGCCGGGCAGCCUGCCAGCCAGUCAGGUGAGUCGCCGAUGUAGAGCACGUCCCAGCGGACAGCCGUCUCCUCAGCGUCCUGCCGCAGUCCCCUGGGGGCUGAGCGGUGUGGGAGCGGCAGGCAGGCCAUGUCUCCUGCAGGUAAAUGGCAGCCCCUGAGCCUCGUGUUUCUUUUGGGGAUGGGGAUGGCGGCGGGGGAUAGCAGCUGCCCGAGCGGGUGCAGCUGUCGGUACCUGGAGGUGAACUGCACGGGGCGGCAGCUGCAGGAGUUCCCCACGGCCAUCCCGCUGGACACGAGGCAGCUGAUCCUGGCGGCCAACAACGUCUCGUACCUACCGGCAGUGGAGCUGAGCUUCCUGGCGGAUCUGGUGUACCUGGACUGCCAGAAGAACCUCCUAGGGGAUGACCUGGAUUUCACUUUCAUCGGCGUGGUCAAGCUCGUCUACCUGGACCUCAGCUUCAACAACCUGACGCAGGUCACCUUCAGCACCUUCUCGCAGCUCCUCAGCCUGGUGGUGCUGAAGAUCUCGGACAAUCCCAACCUCGUAGCUAUCGAGAAGGAUGCUUUCGCCAACAACACCUGGCUGAGGCACCUGGACGUGAGCCGGACUGGUUUAACGUUCCUAGAUGCCAGCACCGUCCAGGACCUGCCCAACCUGAGGUUUCUGGGGCUCUCUGACAACCUGUGGCACUGCAACUGUUCCUUUUUGGACUUCAUCACCUGGAUGACAGAGAGCAGUGUUCAUUUUCCAGACGCCGACAACAUCACCUGCUAUACACCAGAAGCCCUUCGUGCCUUGAAGAUGCCUGCAGCAGAGGUACAGCUGGACUCCAGCUGCCAGACCCACCUGCACAAGCAGGACUACAUCUUUCUGUGUUUCAUUGGCUUCUGCAUAUUCUUUGCUGGCACUGUGGUGGCCUGGCUGGCUGGCAUCUGUGCCGUCAUCUACCAAAUCCACAGUUCAAAGCAGGAGGAGGAGGAGGAAGAAGAGGAGAAAGAUGCAGUCACUUAGGGUCAGCCCUACAAAGCCUCCUGGAUGCCGCCCUGGGAAUUGAAGGCAGGCCCUUCUGAGCGAUUUCCCAAACUUUAUAUGCAGUUUUUUUGAAGUGAAAUAAAACCACAAGAGAAGAUA